AUGGGCUACCCCCGAUCCACCAGUUUGAUUCCAACCAUGGUCACCCUCACCGAGCUCACAGCACCAUCCUCCGGAUCCUUCUUCUCCAAGACGCGCCUCCAGCUCUUCUCGUUUGAGACCAUCCGAGACGGCUGUGGCCGCCAGUUCUUCUUCAAGGCCAACUUCUCCUUCAUCAUGAUUCUGAGGACUCGCACGGGCCUGCUCGUGGACGUAGACACGUUCAAGCCGCAAACGACGAGCCCGUUCACGCGCUAUGUGAGCGUGGGCCACAGCACCGCACAGGACGAACAGGACUCGUGGCGAAUACCCACUUACUCCACCUGGACCAUUGACUCGAACUGGCUGCCCAAGGACCAAGGCGCAUGUGAAACCUGCUGGGCGUAUGCGGUGGUGGCGAGCAUAGAAGCAACGUAUGGCAUCGCGAGGAACACCACCAAGUCGUUCCCAUCGCUCUCUAUUGACUCCCUCUUCCAAAUCCUGGGGCUGGAUAACUGCAGCAGCAGCUCUCCCACCUUUGCCUUUCAAAAUCUCGUUGUCAAGGCCACUCCGAACAAGGACGGCCUCACUGCAGAGCCAACCCAGCCUGCCACCACCACUUCACGUGUCAUUGCCCGUUCCUCCUCCCUUUUCUCCUUCUUUUCCUCCUCCUCCUCCUCCUCCUCCUCCUCCUCCUCCUCGUCCUCCUCCUACUCCUCCUCCUCAUCCUCCUCUUCCUCACCAUCCUCUCCCUCCUCCUUCCUUUCCACACUCUACUCAUAUUUCUUCCUGGCCUCACCUCCAGCAACGCAUCACCCUUCUUCUCUUAAGACUACUUCUCUCAUCGCGUCGACACCACCAAUACCACCGGAGAAAUUUCUGGUGCAUGGGUUUGAGAGGACACCAUUCAAGGGGUACUUUGGGCUCAUGCUGGCAGUGGGGCGCCAGCCCAUUGUGAUCCACAUUGAGGCCACCUCUGCUUCCUUCACCACCUACGAUGGGCUUGUCCCUCCCCGUGCCCUCUCUGCCCUCCGUGCCCUCUCUGCCCUCCGUGCCUUCUCUGCCCUCCGUGCCUUCUCUGCCCUCCGUGCCUUCUCUGCCCUCCGUGCUCUCCGUGCCCUCUGCUGUCCUCCGUGCACUCUCUGCCCUGCGUGCCCUCUCUGCUGGUGCAUGCAGACAUUCAACUACCAGGAUAGUAGUUGCUACACGGGCAACCUCAACCAUGUUGUACUCGUUACAGGCUACCUCAUAGCCGGCACUGACAACACCCGCCCGACCAUCCCUGCACCCUUCUGGAAGAUCCGCAACUCGUGGGGCACACGGUGGGGGGCGGAGGGGUACAUGUACUUGGGGAUAGCGCCGGGGGAUGGCAUCUGCGGCAUCAAUGUGCUGCCUGGCAUCUACCCUGUCAUCCGAAUGGAUGUGUGCAGUGGCAGCACACGGAACCCAUGUGAGGUGGGGUCGUGUAUCAACGACGGCAAGGGCUCGUACACCUGUGUGUGCCCGCCCACACACUCACUCGACUCCACCGUUGAUGGCUUCCCCACCUGCUCCAAAGAGUGGGAUGUUGCCUCCACACUGGUGGUGAAUGGCAGGAACUGGUGGUGUGGCGAUGUGCACUCCCUCUUUGGACUCACAAUUGAGGAUUUUAUGAAAAAUAACGAGGAUGUUAACUGCUCGAAGCCUCUUGAGGAGAAAACGUUGCUCAACAUGAGGAAACGAGGCGUGACUGCAUGCUCUGCUUUCUACUACACUCUACCAGUGAGUGCUGCUGCUUCACUCAUCUACUCCAUGCUGCUCCUUCACUCAUCUACUCCAUGCUGCUGCUUCACUCAUCUACUCCAUGCUGCUGCUUCACUCAUCUACUCCAUGCUGCUGAUUCAAUCAUCUACUCCAUGCUGCUGCUUCACUCAUCUACUCCAUGCUGCUGCUUCACUCAUCUACUCCAUGCUGCUGCUUCACUCAUCUACUCCAUGCUGCUGCUUCACUCAUCUACUCCAUGCUGCUGCUUCACUCAUCUACUCCAUGCUGCUGCUUCACUCAUCUACUCCAUGCUGCUGCUUCACUCAUCUACUGCAUGCUGCUGCUUCACUCAUCUACUCCACUGUUGCUUGA